UUAAACAACAAAGCAAACCCGUACAUUAAAACCUUCCUGCAACUAUUUAUACCCCAUGGCUCACUCAUCUUUCCUUCAAUCUAUCACAUUCAUAUCAACAUUCUUCUACUAAAAAACCACAUCUUUAUUAUAUCAUAAGAAUUAUUAUAUUUACUUACCUGGUUUUAUAUUAAGUUGCUAAUUUGUUGUAAUCAAGCAAUAACAAUGGCUGAUGAAAGGAACACUUAUGGGGCACCCGCACCAUCUAUGGAGACCACUGAUCGUGGUAUGUUUGAUUUCAUGAAGAAGAACAACAAGGGAGAGGAUCACAAGCCAUCCGAGGCCGAUGUGAUUGCCUCCGGCGGUAUCGGAAAGUUGCCCGUCUCCGAACCUGCUCAUUAUGACCAUGAUGACAAGGAACAUGUUGGACUCCUUGAGAAAAAACAUAUUGGACUUGUUGAGCAAUUCCAUCGUUCUGAUCACGCUUCCGACGAAAGACAUCAUGAUGAAGAGCAAAACAAAGGUGGUGUCUUCGGAAAAAUCAAGGAGAAGCUCCCCGGUCAGCAUGAUUCGGAUACUACCACACAUACACAACAAUUAUACCCUGCUUCUGAUCAUAACUACAACACCCACCAUGUCCACCAAGACGAUGAAAAGAAGGACAACAUCCUUGACAAAAUCAAGGAUAAGCUUCCCGGGAAACAUGAAGAUAAGAAGCAAGACUAUCACCAGCACCAAGAGGAGGAAAAGAAGGGAGGAGCCCUUGACAAAAUCAAGGACAAGCUGCCCGGUCAGGGUAAUGCUGGACACACGCAGCAAUUAUACCCUGCCCCUGAUCAUAACUACAACACACACCAUGUCCACCAAGACGAGGAAAACAAGGAUAGUGUCUUAGACAAAAUCAAGGAUAAGCUGCCCGGACAACAUGAAGAUAAGAAGAAUGACUAUCACCACCACCAAGAGGAGGAAAAGAAGGAUAGUGUCCUAGACAAAAUCAAGGAUAAGAUGUCCGGGCAGCAUGAAGAUAAGAAGAAUGACUAUCACCACCACCAAGAGGAGGAAAAGAAGGGAGGAGUCCUUGACAAAAUCAAGGACAAGUUGCCUGGUCAACAUGAUGCAGACACUGCCAGACACACGCAGCAACUAUACCCUGCUGCUGAUCAUAACUACAACACACACCAUGUCCACCAAGAUGAGGAAAACAAGGAUAGCGUCCUUGACAAAAUCAAGGACAAACUACCCGGACAACAUGAUGAUAAGGCUGCAUACUCGCAACAUGACCACCACAAGCACCACCAAGAGGAGGAAAACAAGGGUGGAGUCCUCGACAAAAUCAAGGACAAACUGCCUGGUGGUCAACAUGAUGGUGAUAUUGUCGAACACACGCAACAAUUAUACCCUGCUCCUGAUCAUAACUACAACACUCACUAUGUCCAUGAAGACGAGAAAAAGAAGGAUAGUGUCCUAGACAAAAUCAAGGACAAGUUACCCGGACAACAUGAGGAAAAGGCAGCAGCAUACUCUGAGCCAUCAUAUGAUUCACACCCUACACCUGCAAAGCAUCAUGAUUAUUUCCCCCAAGAGGAGGAAAAGAAAGGUGGUGUCAUGGACAAAAUUAAGGACAAGCUUUCCGGCCAACAUAAAGAUAAGGCCGACGAGCAUGAGUUGGUUGCUCCGGUGGUGGCAGUCGAGCCGCAUGCUGAGGGUGAUAAGGAAAAGAAGGGGUUCUUGGAGAAGAUUAAGGACAAAAUCCCCGGCCUCCACUCCAAGAAUGAUGCUGAAGAGAAGAAGACCCAUGAGGAGAAAAAAGAGGGAUACUAAACUUAACUAAUAAAUAUCUACGUAUAUUAUGUUCAAUAAGAUCGAAUUAGUUGCUUUUUUUAGGUUGAUGUGUUUUUCUUGAUCAAUGCUUUGUGUAAUUUGAGUACAAACUGUGGGGUUUUGAUGUCAGUGUUUUUUUCAUGACGAUGAAUAUGCAAUUAUGUGUGUAUGGAAUAUAUUACUAGUAAUAUUUUGUGGUUUAUGAAA